ACUCUGUUUUUGGCCAUGGAGAAUCUGAACUCUAAGUACUCUUACUACUUAUUGCUAUUUUUUGUUAUCUUUUUAUUAAAAUACUUUUUUCAUUCCAAAAAACGUUUACCACCUAGUCCUCUAUCUCUUCCAAUAAUUGGCCAUCUUUACCUUAUCAAAAAUUCAUUUCAUCAGACAUUAACCUCAUUAUCAACUAAAUGUGGACCGAUUAUGUACCUCCGGUUAGGCUGUCGAAAUUUGCUUAUUGUGACUUCUCCAUCCGCUGUUGAAGAAUGUUUCGCUAAAAACGAUAUCAUAUUUGCUAACCGUCCUCAGACUAUGACUGGAGAUAAGUAUUCAUUCAACUAUAAGUCUGUUGUUUGGGCUCCUUAUGGUUAUCAUUGGAGGGCGCUUCGCCGUCUAAUGGUAAUUGAGAUUUUCUCUUUCAAUAGCCUUCAAAAGUCUUCUGCAUUGAGGAGUGAAGAAAUUAGAAUUCUUAUUCGCGGUUUAUUUAAAGCUAAUUGUAAUAGGAGUGGGAGUAGUGGUGUGAAAAUUAACUUGAGUAAUUGGGUUUUUACUUUUUCUUUUAAUGUUAUGAUGAGAAUUGGUACUGGGAAACGUUGCGUAAGUGAGGAGGAGAUAGGAACAGAGAAGGGUAAAGAAAUUAUUGAAGAGAUCAAGGGAAUUUUCUUCGCGACGUUGUUGUUUUUGAAUGUGUGUGAUUUCUUGCCAGUAUUGAAAUGGUUUGGGUAUAAAGGGAUUGAGAAGAGGAUGGUUUCAGCUCAUAAGAAGAGAAAUGAAUUCUUGAAUAGUUUAUUUGACGAAUUUCGACAGAAGAAAGUUAGUCCUAUUAGUGUUUCGGAGUCCAGUACUGAUGGAAACAGAGAGAAGAAGGGCACAUUGGUUGAAACUCUGUUGUCUCUGCAAGAAUCAGAACCCGAAUUCUAUACAGAUGAUCUCAUUAAAAGUGUUGUACUGAUGUUGUUUAUUGCAGGAACAGAGACUACAUCGAUGACCAUUCAAUGGGCAAUGCGACUUCUUUUAGCUCACCCCGAGGCAUUUCACAAGCUGAGAGCUGAGAUUGACAGCAAAGUGGGGAACGAGCGUUUGCUCAAUGAAUCUGAUUUCACUAAUCUUCCUUAUUUGCAGUGUGUUAUAAACGAGACGUUGAGAUUAUACCCUCCAGUACCGCUUCUGUUGCCUCACUACUCAUUAGAAGAUUGUACUAUUGGUGGCUAUGAUGUACCAAAACAUACGAUCCUAAUGGUUAACGCUUGGGCCAUCCAUAGGGACCCCGAGGUAUGGGAAGAGCCUGAAAAGUUUAAGCCGGAAAGAUUUGAGGGUAUGGAAGGGGAAAAAGAAGGGUUCAAUUAUAAAUUUGUGCCAUUUGGAAUGGGAAGAAGAGCUUGCCCUGGAGCUGCAAUGGGCUUACGCACUGUUUCGUUGGUUUUAGGUUCGUUGAUUCAGUGGUUUGAUUGGGAAAAUGUGGAAUUCGAGGAAAACUUGGAUGCGUGCUAUAAUACUAGAAUCACUUUGAACAAGGAAAAGCCUUUGGAGGCCAUAUGCAUUCCGCGCCAGAAUUGUAUUCGAUUCCUUGACCAGCUCUGUAUUGAAAUUAUUAUUCGCAGUUUGUUUAAGGACAGUAAUAAGAAUGGGAGUAGUAGUGCAAAAAUUAACUCGAGUAGUUGGGUAAAUACUUAUGUGUUCAAUUUUAUGAUGAGAAUUUGUACUGGAAAACGUUGCGUAAAUGAGGAAGAUAUAGGAGCAGAGAAGGGCAAACAAAUAAUUGAAGAGACGAGGGGAUUUAUCUUCCCGGCCUUUGCGUUGAUUUUGAACGUGUGUGAUUUCUUGCCACAGUGUUGUUUCGUGAUGAUUCUCGCCGGAGAUGGCGGAUCUGAUGUGUUUGGGGUCGGGUAUUUGUCUACAACUCUGUUUUUGGCCAUGGAGAUUCUGAACUCUAAGUACUCUUACUACUUAUUGCUAUUUUUUGUUAUCUGUUUAUUAAAAUGCUUUUUUCAUUCCAAAAAACGUUUACCACCUAGUCCUCUAUCUCUUCCAAUAAUUGGCCAUCUUUACCUUAUCAAAAGUUCAUUUCAUCAGACAUUAACCUCAUUAUCAACUAAAUAUGGACCGGUUAUGUACCUCCGGUUAGGCUGUCGAAAUUUGCUUAUUGUGACUUCUCCAUCCGCUGUUGAAGAAUGUUUCGCUAAAAACGAUAUCAUAUUUGCUAACCGUCCUCAGACUAUGACUGGAGAUAAGUAUUCAUUCAACUAUAAGUCUGUUGUUUGGGCUCCUUAUGGUUAUCAUUGGAGGGCGCUUCGCCGUCUAAUGGUAAUUGAGAUUUUCUCUUUCAAUAGCCUUCAAAAGUCUUCUGCAUUGAGGAGUGAAGAAAUUAGAAUUCUUAUUCGCGGUUUAUUUAAAGCUAAUUGUAAUAGGAAUGGGAGUAGUGGUGUGAAAAUUAACUUGAGUAAUUGGGUUUUUACUUUUUCUUUUAAUGUUAUGAUGAGAAUUGGUACUGGGAAACGUUGCGUAAGUGCGGAGGAGAUAGGAACAGAGAAGGGUAAAGAAAUUAUUGAAGAGAUCAAGGGACUUUUCUUCGCGAAUUUGUUGUUUUUGAAUGUGUGUGAUUUCUUUCCAGUAUUGAAAUGGUUUGGGUAUAAAGGGAUUGAGAAGAGGAUGGAUUCAGCUAAUAAGAAGAGAAAUGAAUUCUUGAAUAGUUUAUUUGACGAAUUUCGACAGAAGAAAGUUAGUCCUAUUAGUGUUUCGGAGUCCAGUACUGAUGGAAACAGAGAGAAGAAGGGCACAUUGGUUGAAACUCUGUUGUCUCUGCAAGAAUCAGAACCCGAAUUCUAUACAGAUGAUCUCAUUAAAAGUGUUGUACUGAUGUUGUUUAUUGCAGGAACAGAGACUACAUCGAUGACCAUUCAAUGGGCAAUGCGACUUCUUUUAGCUCACCCCGAGGCAUUUCACAAGCUGAGAGCUGAGAUUGACAGCAAAGUGGGGAACGAGCGUUUGCUCAAUGAAUCUGAUUUCACUAAUCUUCCUUAUUUGCAGUGUGUUAUAAACGAGACGUUGAGAUUAUACCCUCCAGUACCGCUUCUGUUGCCUCACUACUCAUUAGAAGAUUGUACUAUUGGUGGCUAUGAUGUACCAAAACAUACGAUCCUAAUGGUUAACGCUUGGGCCAUCCAUAGGGACCCCGAGGUAUGGGAAGAGCCUGAAAAGUUUAAGCCGGAGAGAUUUGAGGGUAUGGAAGGGGAAAAAAAAGGGUUCAAUUAUAAAUUUGUGCCAUUUGGAAUGGGGAGAAGAGCCUGCCCUGGAGCUGCAAUGGGCUUACGUACUGUUUCGUUGGUUUUAGGUUCAUUGAUUCAGUGGUUUGAUUGGGAAAAUGUGGAAUUCGAGGAAAACUUGGAUGCGUGCUAUAAUACUAGAAUCACUUUGAACAAGGAAAAGCCUUUGAAGGCCAUAUGCAUUCCGCGCCAGAAUUGUAUUCGAUUCCUUGACCAGCUCUGAGUUUAUUAUCCAUGUAUUGUAAGGAUCUACCUUUGUGUUAUUAGUGAAUGUUUAUAAAUAAGUACAUGAGUUUAAGCACAA